AUGGCUGAAAACAAGAUAAGCAAAUUCCUGGAAGAUCUUGAGGAAAAGGUAUUGGAAUGUUCCAUUUGCCUCAAACGGCUCCAGCAGCCGAAAUCAUUAAGCUGUCUUCAUAGCUUUUGUAUGUCAUGUUUGUGUGAUUGGGUCAAGAAAAAUGGCGAGCUGAUAUGCCCAACUUGCUCAAAAUCAUAUCCAAUUCCGGAUGGUGGGCUUGAGAAACUUCCUCCAAGUACCUUUGUCAACAACUUAUUACAAACUAUAGAAGAGAUGGAGGAAAGAGACAAAUGUGAAUGUAAUUGUGAAAUUGGCAAAAAAGCUACAUAUUAUUGCCAGGAAUGCAGACAAUACAUAUGUUCCACUUGCUAUGACCACCAUAAGAAAUUUCGAGCUCUUAAAAAUCACAUACUUCACCAAAUAGAAGAUUUGCGAUCCAUGACGCCCCUAGAGUUUUCUUCAUUACACCGCCAGCAGUGUUCACUUCACAAUGAGCCUUUGAAGUUUUACUGCAAAUAUUGUAAAACCGUAAUAUGUAUGCAUUGUGCUAUUACUGACCAUAACGCAGCGGAUGGAAGUCAUAAAGCUAUUAAUAUUUCAGAAGCUUUCAAUGAAUUUAAACAGACUGCUAAUGAAAUCGAGGAAGCUUGCAAUUAUUUCACAACCACAGUAGAAAGUGGGAUAACAAAAAUGCUCCUCAAUGCUACAAAAUUAGACCAAAAUAAAGAUACUAGUUUGAGAGAUAUUGACAAUCAUGUAAAAGAAAUGUACCAGAUAAUUAAGGAUAAGGAACAAGAAUUAAAAAUAAAAGUAGUAAGGGAACAUGAAAAGAGAAAGAAUAAAAUUGAUGCCCAAGUUCAUGAGCUGAGAUUAACAGUAUCUGAUGUAAAGAGAAAAUUAAAUUUUCUAUGUCAGCUUUUAAAGAGUGAUGAAGCGAUAGCUUUACAAUCAAGUGAAGCAAUUAUUACAGGAUUGAAAGAUAGAAUCAAAGAACUGCCAAGUAAAAUAAACAAAGGAGCUACAGAAAAUAAUCAAGAAAUUCACUUCUUUCAAAAUAAACAUCAAAUUACCGAAUUAAAAAAACAUGGGAUUGGCAAUGUGAGUGAAAAGAAAAUAGCAGAUUAUUUAAAAGUAAAUUGUAGUAAACAUAUUUGUGUGACACAGUACCAAACAAUUACUGUCAAACUAGCCAAAAUGGAAACAUGUGAAAUACAUGCAAGUCAACUAAAUGCAAAAUUGACCGUCGAAUCUACAGGAGAAACCAACAUGACGACAGUUCAAGAAGAUGAUGAUGGUAAUUAUAUUGUUAAAGGAGCGUGUACAAAUAUUGGUGUAUACAAACUAGAUAUUAGUAUUAAUUGUGUACCAGUCAAGAAUUCUCCAGUAAUGAUACAUGUAGAAAAAGAAGGUUUAGUGAACACGAUCAAGGUAGGUAAAAAGGUUACAGAUAUUGUGUGGUGUAAUCAAGAAAACUGCUUAUUAGCUGCAUAUUGGAAAAAUGACAUCUACAAGUACAAGCAAACUGGAGAAUACAUUGGUAAAAUAACGUUACAAGAAGGCGUACGUGUCAACAGAAUGUACAAAAUGAUGAAUGGCAACUUAGCAUUCAGUGAUGAUGGUAAUGACAAAUGUAUCAAAAUAUGUACGAUGGACGGCCAGGUAAAGAAGACAAUUGGAAAGGGAUGUUUGAAUGCACCAUCUGGGGUUAAAGUGAAUGAGCCAUUAACAGAAGUUUAUGCUACAGGUUUUUACAAUAACGGUGCAUUUAGAUUUGAUAUUGAUAGUAAUGUGAUCAACAGAACUAGUGUUAAGCAAGGUGGUUACAAUGAUGUCACUUUUGCAGAGGACGGAAAGUUGCUUUUAUUAAAUUAUAUUCAUAAUAAACUAGAACUAUAUGAUAAAGAUCAAUUCAGGAAAGUGCUUGUUUGGCCAGGAGAUGAUAGUGGUAAAAUAAUGGAGCCUGGAGGAGUGGUUGUAGAUGAUGAUGGAAACAUCAUAAUAUCAAGUAAAAACAAAUUGCAGCUAUUUAAUAGUGAUGGCAGUUUUAUCAAACGAAUUGACAGAUAUGAAGAUGGAAUAAAUUUUCCAUGGGGACUAACAAUUAUUUCUCAUCAUCCAAGGAGAGUUGCUCUGACAAAUCAUGAUGAUACUUCAAUUAAAAUCUUCAAUUACUAA